CUUCUUCUUUCCGUCCCUUGCAGCUCCCGAAGGCCCCCAACCAAGCCGACAGCCUCCCAUGAAGAAAAACCGAUAGGAAGCCUUAAAUUCCUCCUUCUUUCUUGUCCAAGAACAAGAUUUAGGAGCUUAGAAACCUCCCCCCCCGCAGAGAAAAUUUUGGAUCUGCCUUGCUCUGCUCCUCACCGUCGGCUGCUCUUGCUUUAUGGGUCUGAUUUGCUCCAGUUUCUGAUUGCGUGAAUUCCUGUCGGCAACUUCCCCAAAUUGCAGCUCCGGUCUUGUUUGCUGGAUUCUGGAAGUGAAACCGAGGACGGGGAAACCACAGGAAGUGACGAGUUAGAAGGCUAGCCAUUUCAAGAUUGAUAUAGAUUUUAGAAAUAAACCAUGAUCUUGUAAGCUAGACUGUAUUUGGAGAUUUUAUGAUAUCAGAGAAAAUUUUAUCUUCAGAUUUUGGUGGUAUCAGAUUGUGGUAUGAUGAGUUCCGAGCCUUGUGCAUUUGUGGGACCCUCUCAUGAGUGCACGGCGUUUGCCACGUCCUUGGAUUUGGGUUAUGGGGCGUGACAAGUAUAGCAACAUGCCACUUGUCGAUAAAACAAUUCGAAAAAGGCAUUUUUGAGCAUCAUUGAUACGAAACAUCUAGCUAAUUGGUAGGGGGCGUGCAUGCUUGUACUAUUGACAGGAUAAUCAACAACAAGGGACUUGUCGUUGAAAGUAGGAUGCUUUACUAUUCACGUAAUAAUCAACAAUAAGAGAUAUGUUUUUGA